UUUGGGAUUGAGGUUUCUAAAAACGCCAUUCCACCACAUUGCUUCAACCGCUCUCUCCUCCGCUCCUUCUCCUAUGUCCUCUUCGACCUAACCCUGUCCUUCCUCCCCUACCACAUUGCCACCUCAUACUUCCACCUCCUCCCUCACCCCCUCCUCCCCUACAUCUCUUGGCCCAUCUAUUGGAUCCUCCAAGGCUGCAUGCUAACCAGUGUGUGGAUCAUCGCACAUGAAUGUGGCCACCAUGCCUUCAGUGACUACCAAAUAGUGGACAACGUCGUUGGCCUCGUCCUCCCCACUGCCCUUCUUGUCCUUUAUUUCUCAAGGAAGUACAGCCACCGCCGCAACCACUCGAUCGACAUCGGUUCGAUGGAGCGGGACGAAGUGUUCGUUCCAAAACCAAAGUCUAAUAUGCCAUGGUACAACAAUUACUUCAACAACACACCAGGCAGGCUCUUGGUUAUUCUUGUCACUCUAACAGUCGGCUGGCCCUGGCUGAGAGGGGCUUUGGCGACUGUGGACAGAGACUAUGGGGUGCUUAACAAGGUGUUCCAUACACAUGUUGUGCACCAUCUCUUCUCUACAAUGCCGCAUUAUCAUGCAAUGGAAGCAACCAAUGUGCUCAAGCCUAUUUUGGGAGAGUAUUAUAGUGUUGAUGCAACUCCAAUUUGGAAGGCUCUGUGGAGGGAAGCUAGAGAGUGCCUUUUUAUUGAACCUGAUGAGGAUGGUGCUCAAAACGAUGUGUUUUGGUACCGGAACAAGUUCUGA